UCGUCUCCGCACUCAACAUCUCUCCAGAUUGUUGCGAAAUUUUCUGGGAGGAAUUUCAGGCGAGUUGGAUUCGCUGGAAACAAGUUUGCAGAAACAAUCACGUAAAAUCAAAGCGAGAAAAUUCCUCCGCGCAGCGCGCCAUUGACUGUAAAGACCUUUCAACUUUACAAAAACUGAAAUUGACAAACGUUCGCUUGUGAGGAAACUUUGUCACGACGACUGAAUCGCCACAUAUCGACGCACGGGGAUCAUGUAUCGUGACGAAAUGACGGUGAUGGACUAGAGUAAGCGCGAACAGUCAACGAUGGCUCGCCUGAGGCGGCAUUUUUCCGUGUAAAAUGCAGUUUGUGUUGUAGUUAGUGCUCCGCGCGCUCCCGCGUUCAACGUCCCUCAACUCGCCGCGCGACAUGGAUGAAUAUGACGAGGAUCCGGGGCGCAGAGCGAGCAAACUGAUGGAAAACCUCUCCAUAUAUGACGCUUAUCGGGAUGGGAUAUACGGGGAGCCGAACCCCGACAUGGAGAAAACUAAGCGAAUGAAUGGCAGCUCCGGGAACAAAGUCUACGGCGCGGCUCCCGUGCGCUCCGUCAACGGUAACCGACCCUCAGUGCCUCUGGAUUUCUGUUCUCCGCAAAGGGAAUCGGUUUACCCCGAUCCCGACGCGUACUGCACCAAAUCUGAAGUUGCCUUGCCGUGUUACAGCGGCGCGUCGGACCGUCUCAGAAGAUACACGCACGCGGAGGUGCACCGGUACAGCACCGGCUGCGCAUAUGAAGGGCUCGUUCCGGGGAAACAGGUGCCCGUUUCGGGCGCGAGGAGCAACAGCUUAUGUUUGGCCAACCCCGACGGCAGGUACGCGGGCACGAGCCCCCGGUCCAGCUUGGCUUCCACUCACUCGUCGCAGGAUCAGAGCAAACACACCAGCCCGAGGUCGAGUAUCAGCAGCCCGCGGUCCAGCUUGGUGUCACCCGGUCAGGACGGGGGGAACAGCGUGAUCAGUCCCCGGUCUAGUUACGCGAGCACGGCCAGUGACACCAGCAAGCACUCCAGCCCCAGAACCAGCCUCACAGGUUACGACUGCGGGAGCAAACCGAGCAGCAACCGAACUAGCGGUAUCAGCAUGGGCUAUGAUCAGCGGCACAUAAGCCCCAGGUCGAGCACCACAAGCCCGCGUUCAAGCUACUCCGACUCGCGCUUCACGCCUGCGGGGAACCACGACCCGGAGAGCUCCGCGGUGCACGGGAUCUGCAGUCAGGACGGAAGCGUGCGACCAAACUGCGUGAUCAGUCCCCGGUCGAGCAUCUCCAGCCACAGCUCCAGGAGUUCGCGGAGCUCCCGGGGAUCGAUGAGCGCUUACCCCGAGCUCCAGAUCCCGUUACCGGAGGACUUCACUGAGCCAAACGGCCACCGUGUUCAUCUCCAAACUUUUCCCGUGCUGGAAGAACCGCAACAGGAGAGUUCAGACGUCAAUAUCGCGUUUAGCUACGGGAAAGCGGGCACCGGGGGGCAGCGCUUCAAGCUCCCGUACCAGGUCACUCCAUCCCGGGACAGCGGUCCCAGUCAGGCGGAGCGGCGCCUGGAGGCCCUCACCCUGGAGCUGGAGAAAGAGCUCGAGCUGCACAUGAAAAAGGAAUAUUUUGGGAUCUGUGUAAAGUGUGGUAAAGGUGUUUAUGGAGCGAGUCAAGCGUGUCAGGCGAUGGGGAACCUGUAUCAUACUAACUGCUUCACCUGCUGUUCCUGCGGACGCCGACUACGAGGAAAGGCUUUCUAUAAUGUAAAUGGAAAGGUGUACUGUGAAGAGGACUUCCUGUACUCCGGGUUCCAGCAGACAGCGGAGAAGUGCUUUGUGUGUGGACACCUCAUCAUGGAGAUGAUCCUGCAGGCUCUGGGAAAGUCGUAUCAUCCAGGCUGUUUCCGCUGUGUUGUGUGUAAGGAGGGUCUGGACGGCGUUCCUUUCACCGUGGACGUGGAAAACAACAUCUACUGUGUGAAAGACUACCACACGGUUUUUGCUCCUAAAUGUGCCUCGUGUAACCAGCCGAUCCUCCCAGCACAGGGUUCAGAGGAGACCGUACGGGUGGUGUCCAUGGAUAAAGAUUACCAUGUGGAAUGCUAUCACUGUGAGGAUUGUGGUCUUCAGUUGAAUGAUGAAGAGGGGCAUCGCUGUUACCCGCUGGAGGGGCACCUGUUGUGCCACCGAUGCCAUCUGCACCGCUUAAAGACCCCUGUGCCAACACACCCGCCCCCGAGCUACCCGCUACACGUCACUGAACUGUGAACACACACGGGCUCGCGCCGAAGAUCAGUGGUGGAACGACAAGCAAGAGGGUCAUUGCAUUCCCCCAAACAAUAAACAGGGAAAUCGGUCUACAUAUUUCCACUUGUUUGGGGUUUAUAUGACCAACCAGGGAGGUUUUUAUUAUUGCUUUCAUCCCUCAUCACACUCUUCCUCUCACGCUCCGGUCUGGUUCGCUGUUUGGAGGGGUCGUGACCCAGCACUGCCACAUGGGACGUGUCCUCUGAAUGCCACACAACAGCACUGAACACACUUACGACUUCUUGUGCCUUCAUCGAGUAUCCCGUCACCUCGCUCACUGCCUUCGACAUGCACCGUUUCUGUUUGCGUGUGUGUUGUGCCAAGCUGCCCGCGUCUUUAAAGGGACAGGUCACUAAAAUCGAAAAUUGCAUUGAUCAUUUAUUCACCGUCGUUUCUUCAAACCAGAAUGACUUUUAUUUAUUGAAAUGCCUUUUUAAGCCAAGACACAAUUAAUCAUGCACUGGUUAAUUUUGAGGCUCUUUUGUGUCCAGAACAUGUUUUUAUCCAGUGUUUAUGUAAUUACACGUCUAUGGAUUUCAGUUACAGCACAAUUGAGACGAUGACUAAAUAACUAGAAAUUUGAACCAAUGUUCAGAUUUCUGUUCUGGAAAUGUAUGCAUAUUUAAUUAGAUCAUGCCUAAUUUGCAUAUUCAUAAAACGUGUAAUUCAGAACUAUUGUUUCAGAUUACUGUGAUUAAUCAGCUGGGGAAUUAUAGUGAUAUCUGUUAGCUGAUAUUUUACCCGGAGGUGUCUUGUACGGUUUUGGAACGAGUGAAUAAUAGUGAACUGUCCCUUUAAGCAUCGAUUACAUGCCUAAACUAGUGGCGGCAGUGGGCCGAACACUGAUCAAAUCAUCUUGUGAAACCUGCUGCAUAUAGCAGGACUAACAAAUGUAUAUUUUGCAGAAGUCUGACUUUUGACGUUACGACCCGACACCAGCACAAUGGGGUUGGAUCCAUGAACUCUUACGUCGUGCUCUUCAGACACUGGUUUGUCUCCGGAUGAGGUGCCUUUCUGCCUUACAUGUUCCUUACCGUGGAGGAGACGCACUGUAACGUGUCUCUGGAGACUCUGAAGGGACUCUGAUGUGUGCCAGGGUCAAAGGUCAAGCCUGGAUGUGCUGGACUCAACCAGGCCUGCAUUUGUCCUGCAGUCAAUGUUUGUGUGUGUGUGACCCGCUGUCCAAACCAGCCGCGAUGCAAUCAAGCCACGAGCAACAGAACAUUUUGCACAUGUCAGAAUAAUAAAGUCAUGAACGUAGAAGUCUGGGAAUGAUGUAAUGAUUAAAACUAGAUUGAGUAGAUUCACAUGAAUGAUAAUUAGAAGCUUAUUGCAUUGCAUCUGGUUAGGACGUGUUGUGAGUGUGUUCGUCUGUGUGUGUAGUUGUGUAUGUGUUCAUGCACACUAGUGGCUGGGCCGCUGUGAGUGUGUGUGUGUUCCAUAUACAGUGACCCUGAUAAGUAUUUACACACUUUAAAACAUCUGAAUGUCAUUACGCUCUUAGAAAACAAAGUUCUUCUUGACUCACCUUUAAAGAACCCUUUAUACCAAUAAGGUGCGAAAUGUCUUAAAGGAGUAGUUCACUUUUAAAAAAACGUUUGCUGAUAAUUUACUCGCCCCCGUGUCAUCUAAGAU